AUGGCUUCUUGUCCAUGUUUGCUCAACCCUUGGCCUAAGGGCCAGCUCGUGGUGGACUCGGUAUUUAUUGAAUGCAUGAUCCAGCUGCACCGUGUGGGACGACUUGCCGGCGGCGCCCGACGGAGCAGAAGGGGAGAGAGCACGGAGCCGGAGAGGGUUGUCAGUGCAGCCGUCCUUACCUUUGUUCAGACGCACCUCCCAGAGGCUGACCUCAGCGGCUUGGAUGAGAUCAUCUUCUAUGUGCUCGGGGUCCUUGAGGACCUGGGCCCCUCAGGCCCAUUGGAGGAGAAUUUCGACAUGGAGACCUUCACUGAGAUGAUGGAGGCCUGUGUGCCUGGCUUCGCCCACAUCCCAAGGGGUACAAUAGGGGAAAUGAUGCAGAAGCUCUCAGGGCAGUUGAGUGGUGCCAGGAACAAAGAGAACCUGCAACCACAGAACUCUGAGGUCCAAGGUCAGGUAUCUAUCUCCCCAGAGCCUCUGCAGCAGUUCAAAGAAGAGACUAUGUCUUCUCCGACUGCUGCUAGGGACACCCAAGAUGAGGCAUCCGGCGCUGAGGAGGAGCUGCUGCCAGGGGUGGACGUACUUCUGGAGGUGUUCCUUACCUAUUCGGUGGAGCAGGCCCAGUGGGUGUUGGCCAGAGCUCGAGGGGACUCGGAAGAAGCUGUGCAGAUGCUGGUAGAGGGGAAGGAGGAGAGGCCUCCAGCCUGGGAUGGCCCCAACCAGGACCUGCCCAGGCGCCUCAGAGGCCCCCAAAAGGAUGAGCUGAAGUCCUUCAUCCUGCAGAAGUACAUGAUGGUGGAUAGCGCAGAGGAUCAGAAGAUUCACCGGCCUAUGGCUCCUAAGGAGGCUCCCAAGAAGCUGAUCCAGUACAUCAACAACCAGGUAUUGAGCACCAAAGUGGAGCGAUUCAAAGAUGUGCGAGACCCUGAGGCUGGGGAAAUGAAGGCCACACACGUCAACCUCAAGCCAGCCAGAAAGUGCCGCUUCCACUGA